AUGUAUUUAUUUGAACAUUAUCCUAAUUUGCCUGAGCUGGAUAAUUUCCGACCUUUGGAUCCACCCUUAACGAAUUUGGUGCUAGGCAUGGUCGGCUGUCCACAUCUGGCGCCGCCGCCGCGCCCGCCACGCCAGGCGGCAGCGGCGCCCAAAGCUCACCAGCAAACCCAGCAGCAUCAGCAGGCCCAGCAGCCCCAGCCGUACAACAGAAAACCACGGUUCCGUUUGCUUCCAGAGGACCCUAACGACCGACAACGGCCAGAGGACAACCCCUCCCUGGACGAUAUCGUACUGGACGAACAGUACUACAAGGAGAUGGGCCUUACAAAAGAGGAAGUGUGGGAGGCCCUGCGGCAGCUAGACGCAACAGAAGUAGACCCCGAAGGCGUCAACCUGGGUUCAAGCGGGCUGCAAGCCUGGCCGCCCUCCGCGGAUAAUUCCGGAGCUCCACUCCGAAACCAUCGUACAAACCCUCUGAAUUCUGCAGCAACAUCCACACGACAGGAGGCGCGGUCUGAUCACAACAUGCCGCAGCUGCAACGGCAGCCGCAUUGGAUCCGCGGGUCUGUUCAGGAUGACGGGGAGUACAAGAGCAGAGGAGCUACAGACGUGGAUGAUGAGCUCGAGGAUGAAGGGCAGGAAGAGGAGGAAGAGGGGCAGGAUGAUGAUGAGGAGGAGGAGGAGGAGGAGGAGGGGGCAUGGGCCGAGCAGCAGCAGCGGGGAGACCGCCUGUCAGAGGAAAGCACGCUGCAGCCCCCCCUUGGGGGCCCCGUCCUGGGUUUGGGCCCGGGGUCGAUUGACGUGGAGGCUGAGGAGGAGGGCGAGGUGUACGGACCCGAGGCCGUCGUGUUGGCCGGCUUCCGGCCCGAGGAGCACGGUGUGGUGCGAGCACUGCUGGACUCGGCAGGCGGACAUGUGGUCAAGGUGCUGCCGGUGACGGAGGCUAUGCUGUACGGCACCGUGGACGAGGCCGUACAGUCCGGGGAGCAGGACUGGUCUGCCCCGCGCCCGCUUGGUGGUCCUCGCGGUGGCGGUUGGGGAGCGCAGCGCACCGUCCUGUUCUCCGGGCUGAGUCGUCGCCUGGCCUUUACCUCAACCUCACAUCGAUUUUUCGAAAGGGAAAUAGCCAAAGGGCUGCCGCCUUUGGGGAACCUUCUGGGACAACCCUCUCCCGCAUCAUCGCUUGGUUCCGCCUCUCCCACACACCCCGAUGUGCAAAAAGAAGGGAAUUGCAGUCACACUGUCACGUUUGCAAAUCAGCCGAUCCACCCUCUGGCGCUGGCAAAAAGCUGA